AUAGACGUUUUUAUAACAAAAAGGAAUGAAAUUGGUGUGAAGUUAAAAACGUUUUUGAACAGCUUUGUCUCACAAUAAAAGCGUUUGAAGAUACGUGACAAAACAACUAAGCAACUCCGAGCCUUAACUUAAUUAACUACAAUUGACCCUUGCAAGGGAAAAAAACAAAACAGGAUUGAAGCUUGGAGUAUAAAAAAACAUGUGUGACUAACUAAGCACAUUAACAUAACGACAAGAGCAGUUGUGUCAUCAUAUCAACUCCAUGAUUGCAAAACGCGGGGAUUAGUUGUGUGUAAUAUCAUCAUUACCUUCUGGUUAACUGACCUGUGACUUGGGUUCCAUGUUUAAAAGUUUUCUUGAUUGACGAUGUUAGUGUUUAGAUUCUAUGCCCUGUCUCUGAUCAAACGAGCCGGGAAUGGAAAGAGAAGCAUUUACCUUCUUCUGGUGUUCCUCGUUCUUCCCGUCUUCCUUCUCGGAUGCUACCUGUACAACGAUCAUGCGAGGAUCGGUCAGUUUCAAGAGAUGGAUCGACAUCGAGACACAGAGCGGAGAGAUGCCGAUGGAAGGCUCGGACAAAGUGAUGCACUCAAACACAACACAAGGUUACCUUUUCAGACAGAUGCAGGAAGGGAAGACGAGAAAACAUACCCGGUUCCGUUGCAAUCCUGCGAUGUCUUCACGGGGAAAUGGGUUUUCGAUGACGUCACACAUCCUCUUUACAAAGAAGACGAAUGCGGGUUCCUAUCCAAGUGGGUGACAUGUACGAGAAAUGGGAGACCAGACUCGACGUACCAGAAAUGGAGAUGGCAACCUCGGGAUUGUUCUCUGCCAAGGUUUGAAGGAAAGCCAUUGCUGGAAAAACUUAGGGGAAAGAAGCUGAUGUUCAUUGGUGAUUCAAUACAUUAUAACCAGUGGCAGUCCAUGGUUUGUAUGCUUCAAACCAUCCUUCCUAUGAGAAAAAGGAGCCUGAGGUACACAGCACAAAUGACAGCGCUCUACAUUGAGGAGUACAACGCAACCAUAGCAUUUUACUGGGCUCCUUUCCUAGUGGAAUCAAACGCUGACCCUCCAGACAAGAGAGAUGGGAAGGUGGAGCCAGCGAUCAUGAUGGAAUCGAUCUCGAACCACGGUAAGAACUGGAAAGACUCGGACUACCUCGUUUUCAACACGUAUAUAUGGUGGACCAAGCAUUCGACGAUCAAAGUUCUAAGAAGACGGGGAUCCUUCGGUGAAGGGUCGGAAGAGUAUGAAGAAAUCGAUAUGUACAUGACGUACGAGAAAGUCCUAAGGACAUGGGCAAUGUGGCUAGAAGAAAACAUCGACCCGAGUCGAACUUCCAUUUUCUUCAGCAGCAUGUCGCCGACACAUCUCAGUAGCUCAGACUGGAACAUCAAUGGUGGAACCAGGUGCGAGAAAGAGACAGAGCCUGUUCUACACACAACACGAACACUGGAUGUCGGAACGAAUCGGAGGAUGUUCGAAAUCGCGGAGAACGUGACGAAAUCGACGAAAUUGCCAAUCAAAUUCCUCAACAUAACGAGACUAUCAGAGUACAGGAAAGAUGGGCAUACCUCGUUUUACGGAUCCCCCCGGGGGAAAUUGGUAUCGCCGGAGCAAACAUCGGAUCCGGCAACCUUCGCCGACUGUCUUCAUUGGUGUCUUCCGGGAUUGCCCGACACGUGGAACGAAUUGCUCUCUGUGUAUAUUCUCCACAAGAUCUGAAUUCCUCUGUUCGACGAGAAUCGUUUAUCCUCAUGAGAGAUUCCUCGAAUAUGAACUAUGAUUCGCCGAAGAUUCCCGACAGCAUCUGUACUGCACUGUAAUUUUCUCCGCUGUUAAUUUUUUUCGUGACCAUUUUAAAUUACCAGAAAGCUGUAAUUGUGAAUAUUUAGCUCGCCAAAUAUACGAAAAAUACGAAUUAGAUAU